AUGGGGAAUCAACAGAGUGGUGGUGGUGGUCUCGAUGACACGAUUGGUAACCGACUCGCUGCCAUUUCGGAGCACACCUUCGACUGGACCGCCAUGGAUGAUGACGACGAUGACAGUAUUUGGGACGAGGCCUCUCUUGCGGAUGACGUGCACAGCCUUGGUGAAUCUAGCCGCCGAGGUGACGGUCCCACGACAUUUGAGCUCUUACCAUCGGUCAUUCGUACUACUCAAAAAAUUGAAAAAGCCAAGUAUCGAUUGCUCAAGGCACGAUCGAAAACGAUAGAGAAGCGAGAAGAAAUGAAAAGAGAAAAGAAGAAUUACAGGUCGGAAUUGAAGAAGACUGAAAAACUUUUGAAGAAGGUGGCAAGAAAGGCUCCGUCUUAUUUCGGAUACUUUGACUAUUUCAACAUGGUCAAGCGAUCGUACAACACAAAGGGGGAGAAAUCCGAUCUGAAUACAGAAUACUACACCAAUCGAAAAGCCACAAGCAGCCCUAGCAAAAAGAGCAACAAACCCAUGAGCACUGCAAUUGUGACGCAAGGGAACUCCUUCUUCUUUUCCAUUUUUGCCCUUUGGGAAGCCUAUCUUUUGAAAAAGGCUCACAUUGCCGCGAUGCAAAAUACUCAAGCAAAGAAACAAAAGAAGGGUUGGAAUGAUGUCAUCGUAAACUUGCAGCACGAACGACAAGGCAUGGACGAUGCAUUUGCUGAAAAAGCAAAGGCUAUGAGAGAGAAAAUCAAGACUAAGGAGGCUGAGCUGUCUCAAAUACAAGAUGCGUAUUUGAACUUGGUCCGGUGUCAAGACAAACUUAUCCGAAAAUUGCAAGAGCAUGAAAAUUGGAUGUCUGGCAGUAUUAUGCACGCCCUAGUGGAAGGUGACUCUUCUGAGAGCGAGGAAGGCGGUAUUAUGCACGUCCUAGUGGAAGGCAACUCUUCUGAUAGCGAGGAGGGGAGGGAAUACGAGCUCCCGUAUAGGAUUAGUACACUACAGGACAAUACAAUACCAACAGAAAUCAACACUAGUGCUUACGAGGAGCACGAGGGUACUUCCGUGGUCACCGACGAUGAUAUAUCAAUAGAGAUUGCAGUGGAGCAAGAGAAAUCGGAACAAGGAACACUUGAUGACGCCGAGGAUGAUGUAUCCAUUGAGAAUGCAGCAGAGCAAGAGAAGUCAGAAAAAGUAGGAAAUGGUGCCGAUCCCGAAAAGGAAAAAGAUUCCCAAUUUAGCCCAGUGCAGCUCAGGGAUCAAAAUUUGAAGAAGAAGCUAAAGGAAGCAAAAGAGCUGAUGAACUCGAGUAUGAAGGACUUGACACUCGAAGAAGAUGAUUAUUGGUAG